AUGCUGCAUGCAGGUCCCUCGGCGCCACUGGCAGACUUGCCCAAGACAUUCGAUUUUGUGGGGGAGGAGCAGGAGAUCUAUGACAGGCACGCUUCAACCAGCAUCAUAGUGCAUAUGCUGAGCUGCUCCAUGCCGCCGCCGAACGUGACGGGGCGGCUGCACAUGGGGCAUGCCAUGUUUGUGACGCUGCAGGACAUCAUGGCGCGCUUCAACCGCAUGCGCGGCCGCCCCACCCUCUGGCUGCCCGGCACCGACCACGCCGGCAUCGCCACACAGAUGGUGGUGGAGAAGAUGCUGGCGGCGGAGGGGCAGUCGCGGCUGGGGCUGGGGCGGGCGGCGUUUGAGGAGCGGGUGUGGGCCUGGAAGCGUGAGUACGGCGACUUCAUCACCGGCCAGAUGCGCCGCCUGGGAGCCUCCUGCGACUGGUCACGCGAACGCUUCACCCUCGACUCCCAGCUCUCAGCGGCAGUAAGGGAGGCGUUUGUGCGGCUGCAUGAGAAGGGGCUGGUCUACCGCGGCAGCUACAUGGUCAAUUGGUCGCCCAACCUGCAGACCGCGGUCUCCGACCUCGAGGUGGACUACACGGAGGAUCCUGGCACGCUGUACUUCUUCAGGUACCCGGUGGCGGGCGGCGGCGGCGAGCACCUGCCGGUGGCGACCACUCGGCCGGAGACCAUCCUGGGGGACACGGCUGUCGCAGUUCACCCCGAGGAUGAGCGGUACAAGCACCUGGUCGGGCGAGAGUGCGAAGUCCCCAUGAGCGGCGGCAGGCGGAUACCAAUCAUCGCUGACACAUACGUGGACAGGGAGUUUGGCACAGGCGCCCUCAAAAUCACGCCAGGCCAUGACCCUAACGACUAUGAGAUUGGCAAGGAAGCGGGGUUGGUGAUAAAGCAGGAGCCGUACACGAUGCGCGUCCCCCGGUCUCAGAGGGGCGGCGAGGUAGUGGAGCCGCUGGUGCGCGAGCAGUGGUUUGUUCGCAUGCAGCCCCUGGCAGAGCCCGCCCUCGAGGCGGUUGCAAACGGGACGAUCAGGAUUCUGCCGGAGCGGUUUCAGAAGACGUACAACAUGUGGCUUGAGAACAUCAGGGACUGGUGCAUAUCCCGGCAGCUCUGGUGGGGCCACCGGAUACCCGUCUGGUAUGUAUUUCCGGAUGAGGCUAGUGCAGAGGCGUCCCUUGACGGCCGCAGCGGCGACUUUGUAGUUGCGCGCAGCGACGAUGAGGCACUUGUACAGGCCAGGCAACAGCACGGGGAGGGAGUGGCGCUGAGGCAGGAAACGGACGUGCUGGACACCUGGUUCUCGUCGGGGCUCUGGCCUUUCUCCACGCUGGGCUGGCCGGACGAGGCCGCGCCUGAUCUGGCGCGCUUCUACCCCACAACGGUGAUGGAGACCGGGCACGAUAUUCUGUUCUUCUGGGUCGCGCGCAUGAUCAUGAUGGGCAUCGAGUUCACCGGCCGCGCUCCCUUCUCCACCGUCUUCCUGCACGGCCUGGUGCGCGACGGGCAGGGGCGCAAGAUGAGCAAGUCACUGGGGAAUGUGGUGGACCCCGUCGAGGUCAUCGGCGAGUACGGGACGGAUGCCCUGCGCUUCACGCUCGCCACAGGCACGACGGCCGGGCAGGAUCUGAACCUGUCCAUGGAUAGAGUGGUGGGUUCGCGCAACCUGACCAACAAGCUUUGGAACGCCGGCAAGUUCCUGCAGAUGGCGCUCGGCCAGGCCGGCCCCGCCUAUGCCGAGGCGGCCGCCGCCGCCGAUUUCUCCCGGCCCGAGUCCCUCGCCGAGCUGUCCCUCUCUGAGCGCUGGAUCCUGUCCUCCCUUCACCAGGUGGUGGACAGGGUGACGGCGGCGCACGAGCGGCUGGAGUUUGGGGAGACGGGCCGCGCGUUCUACGACUUCUUCUGGUCGCAGUACGCCGACUGGUACAUCGAAUCCGCCAAGACCCGCCUCUACGGCGCCGAUGCUGACGCCGCCGCCAGCACCCGAGCUGUUUUGGUGUACACGUUCCGGACACUUCUGGCGCUGGCGCACCCGAUCAUGCCCUUUGUGACUGAGCGCCUUUGGCAAACGCUGCCGUUGGCGCAGGGCGCUGAGCGCCAACAGCUCAUCGGCGCCCCCUGGCCGUCCCACGCCGGCGCCAUUGACGAGACCGCCAUUACACAAUACCAGGCACGACUGGCAUGGCUUGACCCACACAAAUCCCUUGCGCUUCAGGCGACGGUGGGCGCGAUCCGCAAUGCGCGAGCGGAGUACAACGUGGAGCUCGGCCGCCGCAUCGCUGCGCGCGUCACCGUCGCAUCGGCUGACCUCCGAGCGGCGCUGGACGCUGAACUGGACGUGCUGUGCUCGCUCGCCAAGCUGGACCGCGCGCAGGCAUGUCUCCGCCCCAGGACGUUCCCUCCAGCCCCCCAUUUUCAAAUUCAAAUCAUCAGCUGUCCACACGUGAUGGUGUCUGAGCCGCUGGCAGAGGCGCCGUCCGGGAGCGGCACGAUAGUGCUGGUGGUGGGUGAGGGCCUGGAGGUGCUGCUGCCCAUGGCAGGGCUUUUUGACGUGACCAAGGAGGUGGCGCGCCUGAACAAGCAGCGGGAGAAACUGGAGAAGGACCUGGCCGGCGUGGCGGGGCGCAUGGCAAACAGAAAGUUCAUGGACAACGCGCCGCCGGCCGUGGUUGCCGACACUCUGCGCCAGAAGGAGGAAGCCGAGCAGAAGGUGGCCGCCAUCCUGGAAAAGGUCCAGCAGAUGUCCCAGCUGGCAGCCUGAGAGGGAGAGAAAACGAAAGAGAGAGCAGUGAUGGGCUGGAUAGCUGUGGAAUCUCUUUGGUGCCCAAUCCCAUGGUGGCCCUCUCUCAUGAGUUCGAGGAGACACGCCACUUGCACAGCUCACAAAGCACACUGACGAGGACUGGAGACAUUUGUGGAAGGUUCUGCGGUUUGAGAGCGUAAGCCUCUGUGAUUUAGCUUGUGAGCUUGCCAUGCCAGGGUGGUUGGCUGCAGCUGCCAGCUAGCUAAUUUAUCUGGCAGUCACCAGAAAGUCACAAAUGUUGGGGCAUGCACAUGCUGACAUGCCACCUAUGACCUUCAUAAUUUCAUGCAAGUAAGUUCUGGGGGUCUUCGAAGCGGGAAGCAGGGUAUUUUGAUUCAGGCAGUUUUGCUUCAGGCAAGGCUGUGUAACUCGUGGUAUGCCGUG